AUGUGUCCACCGGGAACGAAGGAAAUGGAGGGGGAGAUCCAGGAUCCGGAGACACACGAGGGGGAGGCGGCGGCGGUUGUGGAGGUGGAGGAACGUGCGGAAGGGGCAGCUCACGAGCAGGUAGCGGUGGCGGAGGUGGACGAGUCACUGCCUGGCGCGAUGCCUGGGAGUUUUGCGGCGGAAGAGACGGGGGAGAUGGCGCGGGCGGCUGCAGUGACUCCUGAAGUGGAGUGGGCGGCUGUCGAGACGGCCGCUGCCGCUGGCGGCGGCUCUUCUGCACCCUCUGCCACGGCAGCGCUCGCCCCACCGUCUGCUGAGGGCUGGGCACCGGUGGCUGAGACGCCACAGGACAAGGAGACGACACCGCCUCAGCCCCUUGGACAGGUGUCACAUGGGAUGGCUGGGCCCGCGGCUGUUAGCUCGGCUGUCGCUGCUGCUGAGCUUGGGGAACGAGGCGUGCCGGGCGAUGGGGCGGACGCUGAGUGCGGCGAAAUGACUGCUGCAGGCGCGGCCGCAGCAUCGCGUGGGUGCGGCCGGGGGGGGGGGGGGAGUGAUACACAGGGCCGCGCUGACCCUGGCGCCGGAAUCGCUUCUCGCGGGACACCCGCGAGGUUCCACGCACAGCCAUCGCCGCGGCGGCUUGGAUCAGGGCUGGCGCCGGGUCGCCCGGGACCCCUUCUGGGCUGGCUUCUGCAGGGGCAACAGCCACCAGAGCGAAUGCAGCCGUCGUCAUCUGCAAAUGUGCAGGAGGAAGGGGGGAGGGGCGGACAGGAUGAGGCAGUGAUGGAGACCACAGCAAACCGCGAAGCGGGGCAGAGAGCCUCUAACGAGGGCGACAGAUUGCAGGCGAACCCACCGCCAAAUGAGACCGCCCCAACACAUUCCGAGCGCAACAUCAGCAAGUCAGCGGCGUGGUGCGCUCAGCAAGAUGAUGUGGAAGUAGAGCUGCCACAUGGCCUGCCCGUCCACCCAGGCGGGCUGAAAGUGCUGGGCAGCCCGAUCGGCAAUGACGGCUUCUGCACCGAUCAGGUUCGGACAGCUCUCGUGGAGGUAGCUGAGCCGCUACCCCUGAUCUCCCAACUCAACCCGCAGCACGCCCUCCUCAUGCUCUCCCGCAGCUCCCGCCGCAUUUCGUAUCUAUUACGCACGACGCCAGUAGAGGCACUAGCCCGUACGAAGUGGAGGGAGUGGAGUGAAUCACUGGUGGGGGCAGGGCUCAUGGCUUCAAAGCUACGGAUCCCGCUGAACGAGCUGGAGCAGAGCCUCCUGUGGCGUCAAGCCACACUCCCGGCUCGGUUUGGGGGCCUGGGAAUCAUCGAUCCCAUCUCGAAGGCCCCAGCAGCGUACCUUGCCUCGACAGCCGCGGCUCACCUCCUACUGCAGCAGCUGAACCUGCCGCCAGAGUUCCUUCUUCACAAAGCCGGGGAGCUGCUCUCUUCGACUUGGACCCCACCUCCCCCCCGAGUGAACCCACUGUCCCCGCUAGAGGCUCGACUCCCAGCCCCAGCGGCAGCGGUACUACGCAGCUACAGGGAGAACCCUAAGGGCACGGGAAACCUCCAGCUGGGGCUUUCCAAGGCCAUUAACCACACUCGGGCAGAGGAGCUGCUCGCAGAUACGGUUACUGACAGACUAGGGGUAGACCGGGGCCAUGCCAUCAGACUCAUCAGUUUGAAAGGGGUGGGGGCUGGUGAUUGGCUCCAUGCAGUGCCAACGAGGGCUGACCUCUCAAUAUCCCCUGGUCAGUUCUCCAUGGCACUAGGCUUGCGCCUUGGCAUGGAACUGCCGGUAGCGGAGGUCUGCCCUUGCAAGAGGUCGAACUCCAGGAUUGCCGACAAGAGCCUCCCGAACCACCUGCUUCGCUGUGCUGACGGAGGAGAUGCCGUGCGCACCCAUAACGCCCUGGUCUUUGCUGCCCUUCGCAUGGCGCAAGAAGCCGGGUACAAGACCUUCCACGAGACAACCGCGUUCUCUCCCCCGGUGAUGAGCAAGCGGGCUGACCUGGCCAUUCGAGACCAGGAAACGGGGGAGACCUGGGCGACGGACGUGACGGUAACGGACCCGGUACUGCAGAGAAGGGAUGUGAGGGCGCGAAAGCCACCAGGAUGGGCCGCCGAGGAGGCUUCGCAGACGAAACAUCGGCUCUACGAAGCGCGCCCAGGCUAUGUGGGCUUUUUCGGCCUGGCAGUGGAGACCUAUGGGGCUCUGGCGGCUGACACCCAGCAAUUCCUUCACAUGCUGGCAGCGUAUGCUGCAAGGAAGAAAUACCGCCAAGGGCGCCUCACAACCACCGCGGCCCACCUCAACGCACACUACCGGCAGCGGUGGUCGGUGAUGCUCCAACGCAGCCAGGCGGUGUCUCUCCUCUCAAAAUCAAACAGGGCGGCGGAAGCAGCAUCCCCACAGGCAGUGGCGGACCCCUGGGCCCCGUGGCUAGGGGACCUCUAG